AGACCGGGCGUAAUUUGGGCGAAUGCGAAGAAGCUCAGACCUCAUCGACGACGAGAGACUUCGUUCUCGACCCGCGGCGGGUCGAGAGAGAUGCAACGCAUACGCUGCACGGACGUCCUACGACGCUGGCAGACUCAUGAGGUCCCCGAAAUCAUCAUCGUCGCUCGCUGCUAGCAACAAUUGCAUGAGGUCACCUGCUUUCACCACUAUCGCGCGAUGCAAUAUGACGGGGAAACGCAGUAACAUUGCUUAAAAGGAUGUGAAGGACGUAAGCGAAGGAGUCAGUUUGUCCAUGCUCGUCGACAUUGCUGCUUCGUCCACUCGACGCAAGAUUGAAAUCAUGAAAAUCCCCUGUUUCCCAACCGUUCUCAGUGGAAGGCAACGAGCGUCGACUUGACCCUGCGUUUUGAGUUGUCUCACGCUCAUGUUCUUCGUUUCCUUGUUCGAUCUUUCCAUUUACGAUGUGAGCAAACUCAUUUGUAUGGGCAGCGACAGAGACUGAAGUGCGAGUGGAAGACUCUUGAAAGAUCACGCAGAGCGGAAGGAGGCUUUGAGUAGAGCCUGACAUCCGUAGAUAGCACGGAAGCACCUCUGAGAAGGAAAAUACAUUCGCAUUAUGUUCGUAAAUUGAUACCCGGGAUAUGAUACGAACGGGAAGAGCAAAGUAUGUGCUUCGCAGGAGCUGGUCAAAUAAUCCGCUCCAAAAUUUGGUGGCCCGUUAUCUUGUGACGAACUUAUUUCUUCGCGGACAAGCGAGAGAUUUUGUUCGACUUUUUCUCAACAGAUAAUGAAAUCCGGGCUCACAACACGGGACUGUUGAUCUCCUGAUUACGAGGAUGCGCCGAUCAGGCACUUCUGGGCUUCACGACAAGUCCCCUGGGGAAUGGAGAGGGCACCCAGGUCCUCGAGAGUGGAAGCACAUGACCGCAGGUUUCAAGUCGAUGACGGGAAGGCGAAUACUACCUGCAUUGAUUUUGUUGAUUUGUAUGAUCUCACUCCUCCACCGGAUGAGAGAUCAAGCCCGCAACUCGGCGUCCCAGAAAUCUACUCCCGAUCUCCACGCUGAAAGGGAACUAAUUUCAUCUCGUGUUUUAUAUAAAGCAACGGAUUAUCAUCAUGCAUCGACCGUAGAUUUGGAGAUAUCUGUGCCCACACUAUGGUUUAAUGGCCAUUCUACAGGCUGGCGGAGUUCAUGUGCCACAAGAUCUCCAAACUGGUUAGCACCGAGAGGAAGCAAUGGGUAUCUGGUGGUUCGAUGCAAUGGUGGACUGAAUCAACAGCGCACUGCAAUUUGCAAUGCAGUUUUGGCUGCUCGAAUCAUGAACGCUACUCUGGUGUUGCCUCACCUUGAUACCAACUCUUUCUGGCAUGAUGAGAGUGGCUUUCCAGGUAUUUAUGAUGUUGAGCACUUCAUUGAUUCUCUGAAGAGUGACGUGAGAGUCAUCCACACUUUACCAGCAACGUGGGCAAUUGGUACGAAAAGAAUGAAACUGAAACCGUAUCAGCUGCAGCCUCCUCGUGACGCCCCUGUCAGAUGGUAUGAGACUACAGCAUUGGAGACCAUGAAAAAGCAUGGCGCUGUCUAUCUCACUCCAUUUUCACACCGUCUCGAUGAGAAACUUGACAAUCAUGAGUACCAACGCCUACGUUGUCGUGUGAACUACCAUGCAUUGAGAUUCAACAAUGAUAUUAGGAACCUGAGCAGUAUCAUCGUGCAACGGCUCCGUUCAGUUGGACCAUACAUGGCAAUCCACCUUCGAUUUGAAUUGGACAUGUUGGCCUUUGCGGGGUGUCUGGACAUCUUCACUCCGGAGGAGCAGGAAAUUCUCAAAAAGUACCGCAAGGAGAAUUUUGCUGAGAAAAAACUAGAGUACAACCAUAGGCGCCUAAUUGGCAAAUGCCCUUUGACCCCACAUGAGGUUGGCUUAUUUCUUCGAGCAAUGGGAUUUAACAAUGCCACCCGUAUCUACUUAGCUGUAGGAGAGGUUUUUGGUGGUGAAAGGUUUUUAAAGCCUUUGCGUGAUCUUUUUCCGCAACUUGAGACACGUUCCACGGUGGCGUUGCCAGAGGAACUGGGUUUGGUUAGGGCAGAUGGACACGGGCUACUCGGACCAGCAGUGGAUUACAUGGUAUGCCUCCUCUCAGAUAUAUUUGUGCCAACAUAUGACGGUCCAAGUAACUUCGCGAACAACCUUAUUGGGCAGAGACUAUACUACGGAUUUCGCACUACUUUGCAGCCCGAUAGGAAGGCACUUGCCCCUCAUUAUAUCAAAUUGGAGAAAGGAUUAGUUUCACGAUCUGACUUCGAAACCUCAGUCAGGCAGAUCAUGAGCCCAAAGUCGUUUGGCAGGCCACGCACUCGACUUCCAUCGGAGUCUUUCUACACCAAUCCAUGGCCGGAAUGCUUUUGCAUGAUUUCUUCAAAAGACAGUGCUAAUCAAUGUCCUUUAGAUAUAGUAGAAACCACUAGUGUAGAUAUAGAUGAAGAUGAGAAUUUUCUCGACGAAUGGAAUCAGCUCCAGCGUCUUUAGGGUCUGUCAUGGGAGUAUCUUCCUCCCACUUGUUAGAGGGGAAAAGACAAGUUACGAAUGUAAAGUUAGAGCAAAGGCCAUACCAUGUGUGGAUGGUCUAUGUACAUGUUGCGACGUUUUGUGGGAUCGUUACUGCCAAAAUGAAGAAAUAUAAGGAAGUCAAG